GCCACACAGACACGUACAGACUACAGAGUACACACUGUGCUCUAGACGAUCCCUUUUGUUUUAGGCAGUUUCCUGGCCAGUUCAUCUUACAUCGUGCGUACCACCACCCAUAGACACUGAAGUCACAGUCAACUCAACAUCACAGCGAAUCAAGAAGAUGUGGCAACUUCUUCUGUCUGUGUGUCUGAUUGGUUCUCUGACGGUGACUUCAGCUCAAAUAACCCCAGUGAGCAGUGCUGCCUUCUACCCGUACGGACCCGGUACUGGAGACAUUCUGGACCCUCCCAUUGAUGACGGCACAUCGGGAGCACAGAGCCUCAGCACUCCGUUUCCAUUCUUUGGAAAUACCUACAGUUCACUUUACGUCAAUACCAAUGGUGACAUCUCUUUCGGAAGCGAGUACAGAGGAUUCUCACCAGUGGCGUUUCCAACGACUGGUAAGAGACUCCUCGCCGUUUACUUCACCGACCUCAUUACAAGCUACCAAGCCCGGAGUGGUUACAUUUACCACCGGGAAACGACUGAUGCUGGUCUAUUGGCGAGGGCAACCACGGACAUCAGGACAGCCUUCCCCGCCGAACAUGGAAGCUUCGUGGCGACCUGGGUCUACAUUGCCACCUGGCACGACAUUGCAUUCUUUAGUUAUAGUAGUAUACGCAACACGUUUCAGCUGGUGCUGAUUACAGAUGGCCAAAAGUCGUUCGCCCUGUUUAACUACUACCUGACUCGUACCACCAGGCUCGCACAGGUCGGGAUAAACGGAGGGAAUGGCAUCCACUUUUCAUUCCAUCCGUACUCGAGGACCACAAAUCUGGCCAGUCUACCGACUUGGACGGAUCCGGCAGUGCCAGGGCCUCCUGGGCGUUGGUACCAGAGAACUGACCUGGCUACGGUCGGAGGCAUAGUAGAUAUUGAUGCUUGCCUGUCCAAUGUGUGCCAUGUGAACGCCACGUGUACUGACCUCCUACCACCUUCACCUGACGCCAACUGUUCCUGUACCACUGGAUAUACCGGGGACGGUCGGGUUAACGGAACCGGAUGUACAGACAUCAACGCGUGCUCGAACUCGUCCAAUCCGUGCCACGCCCAGGCCACCUGUACAGACAACCCCGCCCCUGCACUGGACGCCAGCUGUACCUGCAACGUUGGAUAUACAGGAGACGGUUUUGCCAACAGAGCCGGAUGUACAGAUGUUGAUGAAUGUGCAAGGGGGACCGACAACUGUGGGACCAACGCCACCUGUACCAACACACCCGGCAGUUUUACCUGUACCUGUGACACAGGCUACUCAGGCAACGGUGUCAACUGUACUGACCUCGACGCCUGCUCGAACUCGUCCAACCCGUGCCACGCCCAGGCCACCUGUACAGACCAGCCAGCCCCUUCAAUGGACGCCACCUGCACCUGUAAGGAUGGUUUUAUGGGAGACGGACGCGUAAACGGAACCGGGUGUUUAGACAUCAAUGCCUGCUUGUCUAAUCCGUGUCAUGCCAACGCCACCUGUACAGACAACCCCGCCCCUUCACUGGACGCCUCUUGUGCGUGCAACGUUGGAUAUACAGGAGACGGGCGCGUGAACGGCUCUGGAUGUUCAGACAUCAAUGUCUGCCUGUCCAACCCGUGCCAUGCGAACGCCACCUGUGCAGACAACCCCGCCCCUGCACUGGACGCCAGCUGCACCUGUAACGUCGGAUAUACAGGAGACGGUCGCGUGAACGGAACAGGAUGCUCAGACAUCGACACUUGCUCCAACUCGUCCAAUCCGUGCCACGUCCAGGCCACAUGUACAGACAACCCCGCCCCUGCAAUAGACGCCACAUGUACGUGUAACGUUGGAUAUACAGGGGACGGUUUUGCCAACAGAACUGGAUGUGCAGAUACCAACGCCUGCUUGGCCAACCCGUGUCAUGCAAACGCCACGUGUACAGACAACCCCGCCCCUGCACUGGACGCCAACUGUACAUGUAAUGUUGGAUAUACAGGAGACGGUCGCCUUAACGGAACUGGAUGUUUAGACAUCGACACUUGCUCCAACUCGUCCAAUCCGUGUCACGCCCAGGCCACAUGUACAGACAACCCCGCCCCUGCACUGGACGCCAGCUGUGCCUGCAACGUUGGAUAUACAGGAGACGGUUUUGCCAACAGAACCGGAUGUACAGAUGUGAAUUCUUGCUCGCCCAAUCCGUGCCAUGCGAACGCCACCUGUACAGACAACCCCGCCCCUGCACUGGACGCCAACUGUACUUGUCACGUCGGAUAUUCAGGAGACGGUCGCGUGAACGGCUCUGGGUGUUCAGAUAUCAACGCCUGCUUGCUCAACCCUUGUCAUGCAAACGCCACCUGUACAGACAACCCCGCCCCUGCACUGGACGCCAUCUGUACCUGUAAUGCUGCAUAUACAGGAGACGGUCUUCUUAACGGAACUGGAUGUCUGUUACGGCCUGGACCUGGAUUUGUAGGCAUCCCACUUGCUCUUACACUGACUUGUACUGUUGUGAUUGUUUUAUCAAUUGUGGCAAAUGUGGCAAUGACAUUCAGUCAAUUGACAACACUCAACCAAUCACCUCAGGUUACGAGCCAGAUCAAAACAUUUGCUAAACAAGCCGAGUUGCCGAACAGCCCAACCGCUUUCCAGACCCCAGCGUCAUUCGCGACUCUCCCAACAACAAAAAUUGUCUGAUUUCGGCAGCCGGCUGAGCAAUGGCCAUAAAUGAUGUCUGCAGGUGCUAGCAUUAGCACUAUUGGUCAUUCAUUCAAUUUUACCACCAGGGUUAUCACCUAUAUUUUGGAUACACAUUUUAAACAACCAAUUUGUCUGGGACGGCCUUGUUUUCGGCAACCACGUUUCCGUGUAAAAUAAUCUUUUGUAUUGCGUUAUUUUAUUGGUCGAUUUGAAUUCAGAAUCAUUUUGCUUCCUUUACUUAGUUGAUUUAAACGCACCGAUAGAAAUUAUUCAUUAUAUGUCUUUAACUUUACACAAAUACAAAUACACAAAUUGGCACAAGGCUGCAGUGGCAUCUGAUUUUAUAGACUUUGGUCUCUAUCGCUUUGAAUAUACAAUUUAAAUUAUCAUCAAUUCAAAACAUGUUGAAGUUUUAAGUCUUGUGGCAUAAUAAUGUAAAUGGUUGUUUUUGGUUUUGUUUGAAAAGGAGAUACGAUAUAAAUUAUAGCUAUAGGCUUUUGGAUAUCAUUUCAUUAUUUUUUACACUAUUAUAUUGCGAAAAGCAAACUAAUUACUUCUAUGUACUAGCAUGGUAUUUAUUUUUUUUUCAAUCGGUGUCAUCUAUAUAGUGCAUGAAGACAUUCUGACUACGUAUUGAUACAAUUUUUACUUCCGAUAGUCAGCGUUCUCACAAAAAGAUAAAAAAUAGGCACGUUAUUUAAAGUUUCUAUAACUGUCUUAUCAUCAACUUGUAGACCUAAGGGACCUUUUUCAUAUGCUGAUAGCUCAUAUAUAGUAUAUAAAAAUACAUUUACACAACACUUAAAUAAUGUUAUUAGGGUGGAAUUAAAAGUUUACAUUUGAAGUGUUUAGUGUACAAUUAAGAUUUACGCAACGAUGUAUUUUUCUUACUUUCCAGUUUAACCUUAGGGGAGAAUUGUAUUAGUAACGUUUAAGAUUAUUACUUUAUUAACAAUAGUAGAUUGUAAUUUAAAAGUCAUCAACCUAAUAUCAUAGUAUAAAAAUAUUAUAAAAAGUUUUUUCAUCAACACUUUUCAAGAGAAAAUGUGCUCUAAAAUGAAAUUAAAAUUAUUUAAUGGUUCGACCUCCCAUCGGGUUAACUUUUUAUGUUCCCCUUUCCGCUUUAAUGAUAUAACCAAAGUAACAAGUCUCCACAUGCAAGUCAUAACUUACUAUAUCUGUAUACAUCUUUUAAAAAGUGAUUGAUAUAUAAUCUAUGUAACUGAUGCCCCGAUCGGAUGUCUCUACACAUUUUAAGACCCCAAGCUUAAAACCCACAUAUGACUUAUAGCGUCGAUUGUUGCUGGUUAUCAUAAUGGAUAAUUAAAAAAUAUGUAUGGGGUGGACUAAUUAUGGGGUCGGAAACGUGGGAAUAAAA